AUGCAGCGCUCUACAAAAAGUGGCGUUAUAUUUGGGAAUACAUGUGUGCAACUUCCCAAGAAGUCUGUAGUCCAGAGGAAGAUGACUCCUGGGUUGACUUCUUCCACCGUGUUUGAGUUUGCCCCAAGUUUGGAAGACUUCUGCGAGGGGCAGGCCUAUUUUUCCAGCCUCGCACUUGCCCUCAGACCCCCCUCCCGCAAACACCCCGAGGGCCCUGUUAAAAUGGGAGGUGAAACGGAAGCUCCUCCCGGGGGCCUGGGGAGAGUAGGUGGAGGGCGUGUGAGGCGGUCUUGUGGGCGUCGGAUUGGGGUCUGGGAGCCGCACGAUGGCCUUGGGGAGUGGCGGGCAUGCGGUUCCAAGCACAGGGGCGGGCACAGCGAACUCACUAACGGGGCGUCUCCGGGAGGUCGCGCGAGGUCCGUCGGUUCACGGGCCUUCUUCCUCGCAAAUCCACCCCUGAGCAGACCAACCCCACUUCUCGCCCAAACUUGUGCAGACCAGGGAUUAGGCGGGCGCGGGAGUCGCGGACGCCGACAGGGAAAAAGCCUGAUUCGGCCCAGUCCGGCUGCGGGGCUCCUCCAGCGCCGGGUCGCUUAUACAAAGACGGCGGCAGAGGCUCCGGGGUUUCGGCCCGGCCGGUCGCGGGGCACCCGGAGCAGCCCGACCGCCCCUCACGUCGCAGCAGAAAUGAUGGAAGAAUUGCAUAGCCUGGACCCACGAAGGCAGGAAUUGUUAGAGGCCAGGUUUACUGGAGUUGGUGUUAGUAAGGUGAGUAAAAAGAUGAUGACACUAUUCAUAGUCCAAACACAUUUAAAAAUGAUUGAGAACGAUUUGGGUGGGACAUACUAAUUUACAGUAUGGGACAUUUAGCUCAUGGUUCCAGUGAACUUUCAAAUCGUCCCAGUCAUUCCAGUAGCACAUUUGAAAGUGUUCUAUUUGGGCAUAUAUGUUUCUUUCCCUUCUAGCAUGGGAGAACUUAACUGAGGGGGUUGUUGUAAGGAUACUAACAGGAUGUGUAUCUAGAUUUCAUGCUGUAUUUUGUUAAAACUUCUUAGUCACUCAGAAAAAAGCUACAAGGCAUUGCACGGCUUCAUUACCCUGGGUAUUUGGUAGUUAUUUGGUGGAGUGUUAAAGAAUUCUCUGUGAAGUCUGUCAGUGUUUCAAAUCUGCAGGUCAACAGAUUUCUCCUGAUUGCACCCCCAGGUUGCUUUCUCACUACUGUUUUCCUUCUGGCUCACUGUUUUAUUUUUGUUGUGGGAGUGUAAACUAAGACCAGGCCCCCAUUGUACAGCAGGUGGCAAGUGAAGCACUGUUGUGACUUCCUGUGCUUCUUUUUAUACCUGCUUGUCCACUCUCUGCUAUAAUAGGAUGUACAUUAUGUAUUUAUGCUGUUUUAUUUAAAAGCUUCAUGGAUCCAAGACUGUCAUAAUUACUUGGGUUUGAUACAUGUGAUGUGAAUUUUUUAUCUUUAACCAGUGUAAUACAUUUCUUUCUGUUUUUUUUUUUUUUUAAUUCUUGUCUUAACAAUAGCCUGGUGUGAAUCUUAAGCUUUGGUUAGUUGCUUCUUCAAGGAGAAGGUGUAUGUGAAGGUUUAUAGUUGGAAAACGUGGCUUUAAUGGGUUGGGCAAUUUUAGUUGAGCUAGGAUAACGUGAUAGUUUUUGUUUAUUCUACAAAUACUGAGUUCUUACAGGAGCUCAGUGUAGAAUGCUGCGGAUGGCACCGCAGCGUAGUGCCUCAUACCUGCAGUGUGGAGACAGAUGACACUGUGACGAGAGCUGUAUCAGGGCUGUGACGGGGGGCUGUGGGCACACAGGAUUUAUUACACUUUAGUUCUUUCCUUUUUUCUGGUGCUGGGGUUUGAAUUCAUCCUACACCUUAAGCCACUCCACCAGCCCUUUUUUUGAUGGUUUUUUUCGAGAUGGGA